UACGACUUUCAGCCCCUUGAUUCGAUUUUUCCACGCCAUUCGGAGCCCGCCUACGACCACCGGAACAGCGCAACGACCACCGGAACAGCGCAUCGACCGUCGGACAAGCCCUGCGAAGUGUAAUGGCUCGAGACAACCUGGACGAGUAGGUUUCGGGCGAGUUAGGCUGACGGCUCCAGCUGCUUUGGGUCAGACAACUAAUUUCCAUCUUUCUCGUACAGAGCUUCUUCAUCAGGCCACCUGAAAAUUCCGAGGGCCAUAAUCCGGGAGGUAUUACUAUGUGGUCAAUUCUUGGCUUGAGUUUAUAUACGCUGAAGCCCAGCACUCAAUCGAGACCAUCUGGAUUCAUCAUCAGACAGCACAGUCACAGCCAAUAGCAACGCACAAAGCAGCACAUCCUCCAAUCACAUUCAUAUUCGAACACAAUCGCAACCAUGCAAGGCGACAUCUUCCAUCUCGACCAACUUGCCCUCCAGUCCAAACCGGUCGCAAAACCUGCCGCCAUGAAACCCAAAGCCAGCGACAAUGACUACAAGAAAUCCAAUACUCCUCAGGUCGCCAUCUACAAUGAAGACGAUCUCUCAGAGCUCCUCUACGUUGAGUCUAUGCACCCGGCCGACCACGCCGGCAUCAUCAUGAUCAACGACGUCUCGGCGCAUCGCCACUCGCCCCAGCCCACUUUUGAGCCACUGACCCCCAUAUCCACGGGUUCGCACACCCCGCUCUCAGAAAGCAACUCCACUUCCUCUUCCUCGUUCGACCUCAGCGACUGCGAGAUGGAGAGCUACCUGUUCGACCCGCCGCAUAAGCAUAAUCACCACCAUGAGGAGCACAAGGUGGCCAUUUGCGGCGAGGAGGUCGACUUUCCUGUUUUCUUGGGACGCCAGGACGAUGGUAGGAUUACCAGCAGUCCGAGGACUACGCACCAAAGUACGCAGACGACAGGGCAGGAGACGAAGAAAGCCAUUAAGUUUGUCAUGCCUGAGUACCACGUUGGCGCGAUAGAGGGGCCGUUGAUGUCGUGGUGGCCGGCGCCAAUGGACUUGUUGGAGCAUGAGUGGAUCGAACGGUUUUACGAGUAGAAGACGGAAAUCCGCAUAACAUGUACCAAAAUGAUGUAUGAUCAGUCUAUUUGGAGGACGGCGUACAUGGCGUUCUGGGUAUCGGGCAUGGGAACGGGAUCCAAUGGUAUACUGGGAAAAGUUUUGGUGUAGUCUAGCAUUGGAUAUUCCCACGGCAUAGCUUCGCAUCUCGCAUCUGUCAAGGAGAAGGUUAGGUUAACAACCCAACACAUACAAAAUUACUAAACAAAACUUCAGUCUAUGUUUGUCUUGUCCAAGUAGGAAAUACACCUAGCUCACAGAUCCCAUGUGUGGAUAUUUUCGACGGCAUGCUUUUACUAAGCGAACAAGUCGGGGACUGGCCUGUAAGUGGAGAUUUAUAUGAAGGCCAAAAAAGGAUGUUUUUUUUCUUUUAUGAUGGUUACUUCUGGUUUUGGGGCGGGGUUUUGUAGCCCUGUACUUGGCCGUACCU